UCCUCACUCACUCUCCAGAGUAAGACCAACAAGCCUCCAUCAGCAUGGCCUACAGCUUCACAGCACAGAGUAGCCUAGGAUCAGGGUCCCAAUUCCUGGGUGGUGGCAGAGGAAGAAGGGGUUGGUCUGCAAGUGUAUGUGGUGGGGCAGGUAGCUCUGGGGUUCAAAUCUCCAAAGCCUCUCGGUCUAUGCAGGUUGGUGCAUCUAGAGGUGGUGUUGUUGGAGGCUUCAGCUCUGGUGCAGGCCUUGGUGCAGGUUACAGUGCAGGUCUUGGUGCAAGCUCUGCUACACUUUUACGAUCAAGCUCUUUGGCAGGUCUUAGUGCUGGGUAUGGAAGUGGUGCUGGGUAUGGAAGUGGUGCUGGCUUUGGAAGUGGUGCUGGCUUUGGAAGUGGUGCUGGCUUUGGAAGUGGUGCUGGCUUUGGAGGUGGAGGUGGGGGAGCAGAAGUUGGCAUCCUGGGCAAUGAAAAGUUCACCAUGAGGAUCCUUAAUGACCGCCUGGCCUCCUACCUGAAGAAAGUGUGUUUGCUGGAAAAGAGCAAUGCAGAGUUUGAGCUUAAGAUCAGUCAGUUUGUGGACAGCAGGACUUCACCUACUGCACGGGACUACAGCGACUCCUUAACUACCAUCAAUGAGCUCCAGGCCAAUAUUCUGGAGGCCAUUAGGGUGAAAGGUCAUGUCCAGCUUAACAUUGACAAUGCCACUUUGGCUGCGGAUGACUUCAGGACUAAGUAUGAGCAUGAGUUGGCCCUGCGUCAGUCAGUUGAAGCCGAUAUCUCUGGGCUGAAGAGGCUGUUAGAUGAGAUCUACCUAAGCACGAAAGAGCUCACUCUGCAGAUCGACACACUGCGUGAUGAUAUGGUUUACCUCAAGAAGAACCAUGAGGAGGAAAUGGUGACCACACGUAGCCAGAUGAGUGGACAGAUUCAUGUGGAGCUGGAUGCUGCACCACAGCAAGAUCUCACAAGUGUGCUGGACGACAUUCGUGAUCAUUAUGAGACCAUUGCUGCCAAGAACCGGAGAGAGGUCGAGAACUGGUUCAAGGGCAAGUUGGAGACCCUGAAACAGGAUGUUUCCAGCACACAGACCACAUCAACAACUCAAACAGAAAUGACUACAGAGAGAAGUAAAGUGCAGAGUCUGGAGCUCGAGCUCCAGUCGGUUCUGGCCGUGAAAACAUCGCUGGGAGCAAAACUGUCAGAAACACAGAGUUUCUACGCUCAGCAGCUGUCAGGAUACCAGUUGCAGGUGACGAGUCUGGAGGAACAGCUCAUGCAGCUUCGUGCUGAUAUGGAGCGACAAGGUCGCGACUAUCAGAUGCUGCUGGAUAUAAAGACAAGACUGGAGCUGGAGAUUGCUGAGUACCGGAGAUUGUUGGACAUAGGGGCCAGCGGAAGUGUCUUGAUUCCUAACCUCAAGAGCUCCAUUACCGUCAGUGCUUCUUCCUCUUCCUCUUCCUCCUCCUCUGCUGCCGCCGCUGCCGCCGCGUCUGCUGCAGCUGCCGCUGCCGGAGCAGCUGCUGCUCAGGCUGCUGCCACUGCUGAAGCUGCAGCUGCAGCUGCUGCUGCUGCUCAAGUCCUCCCUGCUGAAGCUAUCGCUGAACCACCUGGGAAGUAACAACACAACAAAGUCAUGAUGGAAUGUAUUUUACUGAGCGUUCCAGUCAAGUAAUAAAGAUCACACUGAAAACAUGA